AUGUUUAAACACGUAGUAAAUUCAUAUCCAGAAAUUAACACACCGUUAUCAGCAAAAUACUCAAAAUGUUCUGCAUAUCCUACGUUCAAAGAAAGACUGCCUGAUAUCCUGCUAAGUGUCAUAGAUGAUCUAAAAAAUGAAAAACUCAUAAUUGAAUCAAAACAUGGAAAAGAAGCAGUUGAAGAAAUCGACACAAUCGUUAAGAAACUCGAAACGCUUAGAAAUGGAGUAUUGAAGGAUCUUCCAUUUGAUGAAAUUAACACUAAGGAAACAUUUUGCGAAGAAGCAGCCAUCACCUAUAACAAAGAAAUACAGCGAAGACGAGUUGAAAAUGCAGGAAAUUAUCCGUCGUGGUUCCAAACAGAAUUUCUUUUCGCCGAAUGCUAUUGUUAUUUUAAAUUGAAUGAAAUUUUCCAUCCGAGCCCAUAUUUGAACGAUUAUGAUUACUUUUCAAAAGCGAAAAAUGAGUCUCUCGUAGUUUCCAAAGCGCAUGUAUUACAAUUGGCUGAAUUCAUGUGCGAAAAUCGUAUUAAGGGAGCGAAUACUGAAGAAGAGAGGAAACAAACUUUUAUUGUUUUAUUAAAAUGUUGUCUUUGGGGUAAUAAAGCUGACUUGUCGUUAUCAGGUGGUAAAGCAGUAGCUGCUAAUCACUCUGUUGGUUCUGAAAUGGAAGCAAUGGAUCCGAAUAUAAUAGUUGAUGAUAAAGAAGACGUUUAUCAAGUAUUAAAUCACAAUGAAGAUCUAAUUAUUGAUUUCGUCUUGGAUAACGCUGGGUUCGAAUUAAUCAACGAUUUGUGUUUCGCUGAUUUCUUGGUGCACGCUGGGUUCGUAAAAAAAAUAAUCUUCCACGCUAAACUGAUCCCUUGGUUCGUAUCCGACGUCACUCCUCUCGAUUUGGAUUCAACCUUUGAAAUAUUACAAAAUCAACUGAAAUCAGAAUGCACCGUCUCGCUUGUGAAUAAAUGGUCAAAUUACCUGAAAAAUGGUCAAUGGAUACUCAAAACAGAAACAUUUUGGAUUUUGUCAUACGAUUAUAGUAAAAUGUCGACCGUAAACCCAGCACUAUACGCAGAACUCGCCCAAAACCAAUUAACCAUUUUCAAAGGUGACCUAAACUAUCGAAAAUUAUGCGGUGAUAUUUACUGGGAACCUACGACUAGUUUUAAAACUGCGUUAAGAGGGUUCGAUCCUACGAACGUACUGGCAUUACGUACUGUGAAAGCUGAUUGUGUGACCGGAUUAAGGGAAGGUCUUUUCGAAGAAUUAACUCGAAAAAAUCCCAAUAAAUGGACAACUACUGGGGAAUAUGCUGUUAUUCAACUUUCGAAAAAAAGUUGCUGAAAUGUUGUUUAUAUCGAAUCGUUUAUACCUAUUUAUAUACAUUUUGAAUUGUUUAA